AUGAGAGUUUUAUUGGCGAGUGAUGAUAGUGGCUCAUUGAAAGAAAUUAUUUUCAACAGAGGCACAAACACCUCAAUUAAGACUGCACUACAGCCUUUCCAUAUUGACAUUCAUUUAAACCAAGGUUUGUCCAACAGAAUUGAUAAGAUAUAUCAUGUUUCUGAUUCUCUGUUACUCUUAGCAAGACAUAGUGGUAGUUUAGAACUUGUGUCAAGUAAGAGGGUUUCUAAGGAUGUUGAUGAAACAAAUGAGCCGAAAUAUGAUGUGACAGAAUUUGAACUUCAAGAUCUAAUAUCGGGACUUUUUGACCAGUCAGUGUUGGAUACACUUAGUUCGAAAUCAAAGAAGAAAAGUAAGAUCGAGGAUCAAUUUGUGGAACUAUAUUUGAUUAAGAAAUCGGCUAAAAACCCCAUCUUCUUGGCAGCAACGAAAUCUGGAAAUGUGACCAUCAUCGAAGUUGAUUUGCAUUCAACUAAGAUCUCCAAGAUAGCUUCUCAUAAAAUAAAGGCGCCUGUAGAGUUUGUUACACUUUAUGAUUUAGAUAAAUCUGAUAAGUUCGUUAUGGCAUACGGUGGAGAGGAAAAUCUAGUUAGGUUGAUCGAGUUAUCAUCCGAUUUCAAAGAAAUUUCUGAUAUAUGGGCUGCUAAAAAUGUUCCCUUUGACAACAUUGGGUUAAGAGUUCCUGCAUGGGAUGUUGCUUUGAGAUUCUUAGAAUCAGAAAAGAACGGGGUUUAUAAUUUCAUUACAAUUACGAAAUAUGCUCAAUUAAGAAAGUAUUCCACCAACGCUGAAGAUUGUAGACCUGUGAAAUCUAUUACUCUUCUACCCAAAGGUGAGCAAUUGAAUUCUUGCAAAAUUAUAGGCGACACAUCCCCACUGGGUAACUUUCAAAGUUCUAACUUUGACGAGCUUGAAUUCUUAGCAGCAGACUCCAGAAAAGAUGUGUACCAAUUCAACGGCAAGGGACGCUUGUUGAGAAAGAUUGCCAAGGGCGACAUUACUGGUUUUGCAUCUUGCAUUGCUGUUACCGAUAAAUACUUACUUCAAGGUGGUUUGGACAGGUAUGUUCGUAUCUUUGAUUUAGCCGAUUAUAAGCUCCUGGCAAAGAUAUUCACAGGCGGUAAGGUUUCUGAUAUUAUACUCUUAGAAGACAAUGACUUGGAAUUACCUUUAACUGAAAAGCAAUUGAAAAUGAAGAAGAAGAAGGAAGCCAAAAGAAGCAUCGUCGAAGCUGAUGAAGAUGCUGAAAAUGAGGAUCUUUGGAAUAAAUUAGAAUCCAAGAAAAGGAAAGUUUCGAAGAAUGAUAUUUAA